AACAAACGGACGUGAAAAAUUUAUUUUAAAAUCAGACUACAACUUAUUCAAUAUUCGUGAAUACCAUAAUUAAUAAAUAAUAAUAAAUAAGUAUCGUAAUUUCAUUGGUUAAAACAUAUAGAGACAUAUUUCUUGUUAAAUCGGUUACCAAUAGCUGUCGAAGUCAGUGGACUGUCGUGUUCUUAUUGCACACUUCCGCUUUCAACAAACCUGCCGUGACAAAUUUCUUGUGGUAUCAUAUUGGAACCUAUUGCAAUCGACAUACACAAAUACAUCAUCUUCCCAACGUUCUAAGGAACUUUCGAAAACGACUUUUGGCCAACUUUCGAGAAGACUGUUUGUUAAUUCAGGUAAAUUGUGAAAACACCUUCGUUUAUGUGUAUUUUGAGACUAAAGCCUUUAAUUAAAAAGGUGCAUAAAUAUAUCUUCAUCGCACCGUUCCAUAAACAUGUCGUCGGCAAGUACCAAGGAGAAUUCGUGUAAAAAUUCGAAGACCUCUUCGAAGACCGGAAAAGGCAAAAUGAAUAGGCCCAUUAUAAUAAAAGGCAACUCCCUGAAAUCUGAUCCGACAAGCUCCACAAAUGUGCUCAAGUGUUUCGUGAAGCAUCACAAGAUGUCCCUGGAGGAACUGAAAAAGAAAUCGAAUGAGAUAUCUGUGAAAAUGGAAAAAACUGAGAUUUUCAUUGCUGAGAGAAACCAGGAAAAUGCUCAAUUGAAGAGACAGCUUCAAGAUAUUAGGGAGCAACUGGAAAAUGUGAAGGCCAUAUGUGAUGGUUUAGCUAGGGAAAACUGUGAGCUGAAGGAUAAGUACAUGGCUUGCCACUCGAAGUAUAUCGAAUUAGAGCUUUCCUAUGAUAGGGAACUCACCAUAUUGAAUGCAAACAUGAUCAAACAAAAAGGUGAAUUAGAACAGGUUGACAGACUAAAUGAACAGCUGAAGAGUGAGAACUUCCAGCAAAGGCAGGUGGUGGCCCAACUCCAAGCCGUGUCGGCGGAGAAGGAUAAACAAUUGACCGAACUAAAACUGAAGGCAGAUCAACUGCAGGCCUAUAAUGUCGAACUGAAGGAGGUUUUUGAGGAGUAUAAGGAGAAUGUGUCCCAGAAACACGAGCGCGAGACCGCCCAGCUGAAGGAAGAGGUGAAGGAGCAGGCGGCUACAAUUCGUGAGCUUAUAGAAAACAGCGAAGUGCGUGACGUUGAGUUGCAGUUAGCCGUAUCUAAUAUGAAACAUGCUGAGGAGUUUGGCACUGAGCUGUCAAAUCGUAAUAGUCAGUUGUCGUCGGAGGUGUCUGACAUUUCUCACCGUCUGAAAGUUGAAAUAGAGGAUCAUAACAAGAAGAUAAGGGAAUUAAAUAUGCAGAUUAUGGAAUUGGUGUCUGAAACAAAGCGUUAUCAAUUCGACAUUGCCAAGCUUGUUGAGGCAAACAACUCUUUAAAGGAUAUGAAUAACGAGGCUAAUGCUGCCUUGGCAAAUGAGGUAGCUAGGGUUAACCAGGAAUCCAGUGAUCUGAAGAAAAAGUUCGAACAACUUCAGCAGGAGCAUAUGGAUACAACCAAAACCUUGUUAGCCGAAAAGGCCGAUCUGGCCGAAAAAUUGCAGGCGCUGAAGGAACUCCAUGCGUCAAACAUCAUAGCUCUGGAGUCCGAGAUACAGCAAAAGGAGGAGCUCCGUUUGGAGUUUGAACAAAAAGUUGCCGAACUGGAACGUCAAAAAAAUAACACCAUAGCGGAACUUACCUAUAAAGUCAACCAAAUUAAGAAUCUUUCUGUUCUUCCAGUAAAGAGCGCUAUGCUAACUACUAACCAGACCCAACCGAUUACUAACAAAAACCCUCAAUUAAACGCAAUAGCUGUAAAUUCAGUUGGAACCACUGAGAUUUCAAAAGACGAAGCCACACCUGCACGCCGCAGGCAAAUUAAACGUACUCAUGCUAGAUGCUACAAUUCUGACUUUAACACUGAAUCCGAAGAUGACGCAGACAACGACACAGGCCGUAAUGACACAGCUCCCAAGAUGAAGAAAAUGAGUCGUUCAAAGGCUUCGAACAAGAAUAAAUCUGCUAACGAUUUGAGUGCCUUCGAUAAAUUGAAAAAUAACUAAUGGGUCAACUGUAUUCGAAGUUCAUCAAAACAUAUAUAUUUCAUUCAAUACUUGCAUAGCUCAAGUAUCUCAGUUUGAAGUCCUCAAGGAAAACAUUUUUAUUUUUUAUAUUUGAAUGUCUAUGACAUGUGCUUAAACAUACAAAUAACUUGAAUUCAACAACUUUACCACUCGUGGUAUUACCUCACACAUAUAAGACUUUCAGGCUUUAUAACCGUAU